CUAUGGUAUUGUUAAGAAGUGUGUUACUUAUAUUGUACUACAGUAUAGGACAGUGUAGUAUAUAAUUUUAUUUACGUGUUAAACACAACCAAUAGUUGAGGAAUUAUCACCGAAAAUGACUCAGAUGGAGCGCCGAAUGUAAUGUCAACAGAUCCGCGUUGGCUAAGGGGUGUAAUCGCUGUCGCUGUUAGCAUUGGAAUUACAGUCGGUUCGGUCGGUGUUGUAUUUUUAACUCGACUAUUGGAAAAGAAAGAAAAAAUUUUACUUAAACAGGAAGUCGAUGAGUUAAACGUUGCGGUCCUUGAUCUUCAAACGGAACUGAAAGCGUUAAAAAAGAAGGUCAUAAAGGCUGGUGGUAGAUCAACCUUGUCUAGCUGUACUAGUGUUACUAGCGAAGCCAGUUUGUAUACAGCUCUUGGAACGGACGACGAAUUUCACGACAUGUCAUCUGAAAACGAAGAUUCUCAGAAUUCUCCUCAAUUCACCGACAAUUUGGAUGAAAAAAUGUCCGAAACGCAUCUAAGUUCUAACUAUAGUGCUACGUUGUUGUGUGACGAUAUUUUUAAUCAAGUCGAUGAACUCUUCGAAGGUUGUGACGAGGACAAACUUAAGGCUUAUGACAUCUUAGUAAAACUCAACGAAGAGAGAACCGAUGAUAUCGAAGUGUUAUGGAGAUUGGCGAAAUCUUGCCAAUUUGUAUCCAAGUAUUAUACCGCAGCAAAAAAGGAUUUGGAAAAAAGCAAAAUGGUUAUUGACGAAGGUGUAAAAUGGGCCAAAUAUGCCUUAGAAAUGUAUCCAGGAAAUUGUAAUGCUCACAAAUGGUUUGCCAUAUGCAGCGGAGCACGAGGACAAUUGGGAUCGACCAAAGAAAGAAUUGAAGGUGGAUAUGUUUUCCAGAGUCAUAUUAACGAAGCCAUAAAAAUUAAUCCUAAAGAUCCUACGUUGUAUUUUUUAAAAGGAAAACUCGAAUAUGAAGUCGCUAUAUUGACUUCGUUUGAACGGCGUAUCGCCAGCUGGUUGUACGGAGAAGUUCCCAAAGGUACAGUGCCAGAAGCGAUUGAAUUGUUCUUAAAAUUUGAAAAAGAAUCGCCGAUUCAAUUAAAAGACUGUCGCCUCCAUCUUGCCAAGUGUUUUAUUGCGACGAAAGAAUACGAAAUGGCCGUACAGUGGUUGGAACAAGCAUUACAACUCCCUACGAAAGAUUCAGAGGACAAAGAAAUUGAUGCAGACGCUGAUCAACUGCUUAAGAAGUAUUUAAAAUACAAGAAAUCGUAGGCUUUAUUUAUGUGUUCAAAUUUUUGUAUUUUCUAUACUCAUUUAAACUAUGUGAUUUUUUUUUUUUACUCAAAUUCUUCAGACAUGUUAUCUGUUUAUAUUUUGGUGUAGUUUAAAUGAUACGUUUUUUUUUUUUUUUUUAAUUAAAAAUAAAAUUCCUAAAGUGGAGUUCAAUUUAUUAUUUGAAAAACCUAAGUAGGAUAUAAUAUAUGUAUGUAUGAUUUAUUUAUACACGUUAACUCUAACAAUAUUAGACUUAAGUUACUUAUAUAUUUUAAAAACUAGACGU